AGUUUGAGGUUUUGCAUAGAGCAGACCCUGGCUGAGCCAGCCGGGAUGGUUUGAUUUGAUCGGCCAUUCUAUUCCUCUUCUCGACCUGAAAUAAAUACGCUCGGGUUGAUCUUUGCAUUUCGAACGCCUUAUUUUGUCGGUCAAUCAGGGCUCCGGCUCCAGUUCACUCUUGUUCCAGAAACUUGUUAUGCCAGAAGCUCUGAAAAUGGGGAAGGAGGAAGAAUUACUAAAAACGGCACCUUUCGAUCCACGAUUUCCAAAUCAAAAUCAAACAAAACAUUGUUACACUAGUUUUCUGGAUUACAAGCGCUGCGUAAAGGCUCGUGGGGAGAAGUAUGCGCCGUGCGACUACUUUAAAAAAGUGUACACUUCACUCUGCCCGUUCGCCUGGGUGGAGAAGUGGGAGGAACAGAUUUCAGAGGGCAAGUUCGCUGGCAACAUCUAAAAUCUUGUGAAUAUCCACUUUAGUCAACUUAUUAUUAUAAAACUAUUAAUUCUGUCGUGAAAAAUACAGAUUCAAUUAUUCGGAAAAUCGUGUAAAAAUAAAUGUAGAAGAUCGAAAAUGGUUUAACUAUUAUUAUUUUAAAUUAAGUAUGAAAAAACUGCCAUGUUAGACUUGACUGGAUUUCGGGCAAGGAAAAAUUGUUAGUUUUGGACACUUAUUUCUCUUUCCGUUCUAACGAUUCACCCGUAUUAAACUAGUAGAAAUAGAAUUGUCGUAAAAGUUUAGGUUAGGAUUUACCUUAAAAUUGGUAUGAUUUGCAAUUGAAGACCUUAUAUACGAAUAAAAUUGCAUUGAUGGAUGGUUAAA